AUGUUAGCACAGGAAAUUGACUGGUGGUCUAAAUAUUACGCGUCUGAGGCAAGAUAUGAUAAAUGCAAAGGGUAUCUCCAACAUGGAUUCGACACCAUUAUUGUUGGCCAGUCUUUUCAUGUUUGGCAGAUUUACAAUCAACAACUUGAAAAUUCCGAAAACUACGACAAAUUCAGAGAUUUUUGCGAUUCUUUUCAACUUACUCGUGGGAAAACAAAUGAAGACGAAGAGUCAACAGACGUCGGGGAGUUCAAAGUAGAUUUACAUGACUAUAUUCAGGGACUCUUCAACAUAAUUCCUUUAAAAGAUGGAGAUUUUGUUUCAAGCCUCAACAAAACUUUGUCUUUGUGGGAAUUUCCAUAUUCUACGUUCAAGGAGUGCAUUGUCAGAGUCUACAUCGUCAAGGCCAUGGAUCUACAAUCUCGAGACCUCUCCGGACUAGUUAUUGCUAAAUUGACUUAA